ACGCGCGGCAAAUUCUUCAAGUCACUUAGUAAUAAUUCCUUUGACUAAGCACCGAAAAUUAAAUGAUUACAACAACAACAAAAACAAUUUACGGCCAUAAUAGGAUGUUGAAAAUCGAAUGAUUGGUACUCGGCAACGCGCUACAUUACGACGGUAAAGACAUCGCUUAAGGCGGUGCACGACGACGAACAAAAAGCCAACAACGUGAGCGGCGCAAACGAAGACGGAAAGGCGCAAACGUUUAUCAUUGACGGCAGUCAUUCAUAUGUACAUAUAUGUAUUUAUAGAUACAUAUGUAUGUACAAAUGUAGUAUAUACUCGUGUUGCACGGUUGCUUAAGCUGUGUAGUUGCCGUUAGUUAGUCUCAGAAGAUUUGCCGAAAGCUGUAAUACGAGCUUAAACGGGUAUCCGGUCGCGUUUAGUAGCGAGUGGCGUACACUCGAUCCGGGUGACGACGGUGGCGACGAUAACGACUAAGACGCGCAUGGCGUUGGUACAGCGCGUGAAUUAGUAAACGUUUGCGGGCAGUGCGAGCACUUCGUUUGCGGUGGCUGGAUUAUCUGUCGACUAGUGCGCGAGUGUGCAACGCAAGAAAACCGUUUUGUCAGUCAGUGAUAGAAAGUAGAAAAAACCAGAAAAAAAGUUAUGCGAAAAUACUGAAGAAUACUUAUCAAAUUUUCAAAUCUCUAAUCACUUGCUGAAGUUCUGUUAAUAAGAAAUUUAUGUAAAAACGCGCGUAUGAGUUGAAAUUGUGUGAAAAGUGCGUAUUUUCGAAUUUGCGUUAUCGCCACAAAAGCUGACAAAAAAUCGCUGAGUACACGCGCACUCAACUCAACGCAGUGUUAGCGUCGGUUAUAAGUGCAGAGUUAACGCUUUGCGGCUGUCUAGGAGUAGAGAAAGUUUAGCAGCAACAUGGAAGAUCACUGGGGCCUCAGCAGCACAACCGCGUUAAAUAUGUCAAAUGAUGUGGCUGGUGCCACCUUCAUGGCUGCGGCCACCUCAGCGCCCGAACUCUUCGUCAAUGUGAUAGGUACAUUCAUCACAGAGGGUGACAUUGGCGUGGGCACCAUUGUCGGUUCGGCGGUAUUCAAUAUUUUAGCAGUCGCCGCGUGCUGUGGGAUUGGCGCGGGCAUGACCAUCCCACUCGAUUGGUGGCCCUUGACGCGCGAUAGCAUAGCUUAUGGUAUCACAGUCGCCAUAUUGAUUUGCGUUAUGCACGAUGAACGCGUCGAGUGGUACGAGGCGCUGAUAUUAGUCUCACUCUAUGCCGUUUACUUGGCGGUGAUGUAUUUUGAUAAAACAUUUCAGAAGUGUGCAAAAGGUGGCGUAAAGCAGGCUCGCUCACGCAGUCGCUCCUCCAAUUGCAGCAUACAAACGAAAAACAGCAAUGAGAAGGAACCAGAUCUUGUGGAAAAUCGCAUCUGCCACAAACUCUCCACAAUACAACUAAAUGGCGGUGUUAACAAUGAGCCGCCAAAGCUGCAGCCAACGGCGUCACCGCCUCCCACACAAGCUGCCGCCGCAAAUUCCAACACCAAUUCUAACUCAAAUACAACAACAACGACAGCAGCUACACCACAACCACCUACCGAAGCCAAAUUCAUAUCCAGCAGCCUUGCCACUGAGAAAGGCGCAGUGGAAUUGCAACCAACUGGCGCCAUUUCCAUAGCCGUGCCCGCCUCGGUCGCAGCUGCCGCAUCUACAGCGAGCGAUGAGGAGGUGGAGGAAGAGCACUAUUCACUGCUGCAUUACCCGAAGGAGAAGAGCUGCUUCGCCCAGUUCACUUGGAUCAUUAUUUGGCCCAUACACUUGCUCUUUCGCAUAGCGAUACCGGAUUGCAAGAAGACAAAGAACAAUAAAAUAUUCCCCUUGACUUUUAUUAUGUGCAUCGUGUGGAUUGGUUCGUUGUCAUAUGUGGUCGCCUGGAUGAUUACGAUUAUAGGUGACACGCUAAAAAUUCCGGACUCAGUGAUGGGCAUUACAUUUCUGGCAGCGGGCACAAGUGUGCCAGAAGCGGUUUCCAGUGUUAUUGUGGCUAAGAGAGGUCAUGGUUCAAUGGGCAUCUGUAAUUCGAUCGGCUCCAAUACAUUCGAUAUACUUCUGUGCUUGGGCGUACCGUGGCUCAUCAAAGCCGUCUUCUUCCCCAUACAACAGGGACAAAAUUAUGUCGGCAUCAAUUCGGCCGGUCUCGAGUAUUCCGCUAUAACGUUACUCUCCACACUAUUUUUGCUCUACAUCACAUUCUCAUUCAACAAAUUCAAAUUGGAUCGAAAAGUGGGCAUGGCCUGUUUGGUUAUGUAUUUGGUUUUCAUGAUAUUCGCAUCGCUGAUAGAAUUGAAUGUUUUCUUUCGGGUCAACCUGCCAACCUGUGGACGUUCGUGAAGCGUGUAAAGGUGUUGAGCGCAAAGGAGUGGUCGGCGGACAGAGUGAAGAGGAAGUGGAAGAAGAAGCGGCGGCGUGUGCGCUCGUUUUAUAUACAUACGUACAAAUUUUAAUAUGCGAAAAAAGUAGUGAAAAGAAAUAUGCGUGAAAAGGGGUGUUGAUCGAAAAUUACAAGAACAACAAUACAUCAGCGCCAUAUUUGGUAGUUUCGCGUGUGAAGUUGUUUGUGUAACUCUGCAACUUGCAAAAUAUUUUCUUCAUUUUAUUGUUGUACAAGGGUAUUAUAAGUUUAAGUUGUAUUUACUUCUCUUUUAUUUUUUAAUAAGAUCUUAUUUUGCGCUUGUAUGGCGCGUCUUUUUCAGCGCGUUGGUUUGUGCGGGAAAUGUAUUCAAUAAUUUAAUGUAAAUAAAAUCAAGGAAAUCCUUCUUAUAAUCGCUUUCUCUAUUUAAAUAAAUAACAAAUUGGCGUUCACAUAUAAAACACGUGAAAAACUUGCAAAAAUUUAUAGUUUUAUAUAUAACAUAUGAAUAAAAAUCCUAAUGCUUAAUUAUGUAAAAAUAAGCUGUGUAUUUUAUAAGUUUUAUGCAUAAAUGCACCAGAAGAACAGUAAAACAACAUACAUGUAGAGGCAUAUAGAUAAUAUCUGAAAAAUAUUUUUUUU